GCCAAGGUGUUGAAAAAUGUUGAAUGUUACCAACAUGAGAACGUCACUCGCGUUCGGACUUUUUUUAAUGGCUUUUUUAAUAGCCGGUGUUGCUUGCCGAACGUCUUCUGGACAGGGAACAUUGAAUGGUCAACAGUCCGAUAGGAACAAAAGUGUUCAAGAUUCUGAUGCACAAAUGAAGGAAUUAAAGGUAGAUGAAGCCGAUGAUGAAAGUGAACUGGAAGGAGAAGAUGACGAAGAAGAAGAAGAAGAAGAAGAAGAAGAAGAAGAAGAAGAAGAAGAAGAAGAAGAAGAAGAAGAAGAAAGUUAAUUCAAAAAUACUCGUACGUACAUAAAAUCAUAUGGACAUUGGUUCAAAAACAUCUAUUAUUUCACAGCAACUGAAGGGCCUCACCUAACGUGUACACUUUUCAACGAUAACUCAGCAUGCAACGCGUUGUGCUCGAUAAUGAGUACAAUUUAUGGCGAACCAGUAAGUCCGGGGACCUGUGAACAACAAGACUGCAAUUGCGAUGUACCACCCAACACCACCCUCGAAGACUUCUGGAAACUAAAAUUCGACUCUCCGGGUAUUCUGCAAGAAAUUCGUAAAAAUAAAAAUCUAUCUAGCAAAAUUUUCGAUGUCCUGAAGAUCCCAUACCAAACACCACAACAAACUAAACAAAAUCUUACAUCACUAUUAACUCCCCAACAACUGAAGAAUCUUCGCGUGAAAAAUGAUAAUUCUCAGAAACUAUUUACAAAAUACGGUGCACCGAAUCCUGUCACAGUUCAGAAAUACGUCGUUCAGAAGCUGAAAUCUCUUAAAACACCACUUAAAAGCAAAGAUUACAAGAAAUUAUUACUCAAAUCACUAGAGGAUGCAGAUGACGAUACAUUCUACCACUUCUCGCACACAAUCCGUCGAUCAAAAAAUAAACUUUUGAACCAAGUUCUCGACAAAUAUGUAAGUGAUCACAAAAUUGAUGAUUCUGGGAUGGAGUCUGCUGAAGAAGAAGAAGAACAAUCAAUGGUUGAUCUUUUAGACACGGCCUUGAUCAACGAAAUCAUCAAACCAGUACCUCGUAAGAUCCAACCGGGUGCUCGUGGUAAAUCAUCUUCAAAAUCACCAUCGUCGCGUUCCAAUUCAAUCAAAUCAAAAGAAAGUAUGCCUGAAAAUCAGAAUAACAGUUUUAGCUCGUCAGGAAAAACUUCUAAUCAUAAACGUACCAUAAUCGAUAAAAAUCUCAUUACUUUGAAAGGAUUCGAUCAGACACAAGUAGCUCGAUUCAAACAAGGAGUAAAGGGAAACCCAACUUGGGAUAAAUGUUGGCAGGAUCUUGAUGCCUAUGAGGUUUGUACAACUCGAUACUCCCGUGCAGAAUACUUUACCUGGUACAAUAUAAAACAAGUAAUUAAGGUUCAAAUGAGGAAAUCUUCCAAUGGUAUCGUAGUGCAAACGUGGGAUUUUGACACCUUUGGUUUCGAAUUACAACGAGACGCAGAUGGUAAAAUCACUCAGUAUUGGAAUUUACCUGGCGGUUCCUACUGGGAGUACAUUAGAUCUCUUGAUGGUGAAGUUACACAACGCUGGGAAGGUAAAAAAGACUGGAAAUCUGUAGAGUAUUAUAAAUCAUUUAUGGAUGCGUGGUGUGCUGAGAAUGGUUCCUACUAUAAUGUGGGAGGAGAACCCUGUAUCAUGUACUGAGAGUGUUCGGCUGUUCGGUCGUAAUUCUGCGAAACCCGAUUUUAUGUAUAGGUAUUAGGUACAUAUAAUUUGUAAA